ACCCAUAUCCUUUUACCCUCAAUGUGUCAAACUUUGUUUCCCUAAGACUUACUCCCACCAACUAUUAUGGAGGACUCAAAUGGCCGCCUUAAUUGAAAGCCAAGACAUGCAGAGAUUCCUAGAUGGAGAGUAUGUCAUGCCGGUAGCCAAAAUCACCCCAACUGACAGUACUGAUGCUGAGGGACCCAAAGAGGUACCAAACCUGGCUUAUAUCUCAUGGAGGCGGUCUGAUCGUCUUCUAUAUGGAUGGAUCACUGGCACUCUUUCUAAAGAAGUGCUUGGAAUCGUUGUGGGACUCACAACAUCUCGUGAGGUUUGGGAUGCAUUAGAAGAAGCUUAUGCCCAAGACUCUCAAGAGAAAGAGUUCAAUUUGACAAAAGCAAUGACCACAUUGCGGAAAGGUAACGAUUCAUUGACUGAAUAUUUAAGAAAAUUCAAGGCUAUUUGUGAUGAACUUGCUGCUAUGGGGAAACCAAUACCAGACAAAACCAAAGCCUUUUGGGUGUUACAAGGACUUGGCCAAGGCUAUGAGAACUUUGUGACAACCAUGUUGAAACCUCCGGUUCCUCCAUACCAAGAAGUUGUAUCUCUUCUCAAAAGUCAUGAGACUCGGAACCAAAUCCAUGGGUUUGACAAUUAUAAUCAUCCUCAAGUGACCUUUUACGGACAAAGGACCAAUGGAAACCAAAACAAGAGGAAAGGAAAUGGCUUCAACAAAUUCAACUCAAAAGGAAAAGGUUUCUUUCAAGGAAAAGGUUUCUUUCAAGGCAAUGGAACUAACAACACUUAUAAUAGUGCUAGUGCAAACUACUUUUCUCAUGCAGGUAAUAGGAAUGUUGGAUCUAACUUUACGAGGAAUCAGCCUAACAACUUCAACAAACAGAAGGCUGAAGCUCAAAAUCCCAUCAUGGAGAGUGCAGUCAAAUGCCAAAUUUGUGGAAAGCUCAAUCAUACUGCUAUGAAGUGCUUCAACAGAUUUAAUCACUCAUAUCAAGAAGAUGACAUUCCAAAGGCAUUGGCAGCCAUCACCAUUGAUGACAAUCAGGAGCUUGAAUGGCAUCCAAACACAGGUGCAUCUGUCCAUAUGACAGGAAAUUCUAGUAAGCUAAAUAACUUAAAACCUUAUCAUGGCCAAGAUGCUGUUAUGGUUGGUGACUACAAGAAGAAUAAAUUGGAGCCAAAGUCAUUGCCUUGCAUUUUUAUUGGAUACAAUACCAAGCACAAAGGGUAUAAGUGCUUAUAUCCUCCAACAAACCGAAUAUACAUAUCUCGACAUGUGGUCUUUGAUGAAUCAUGCCUGCCAUUCACAAAUCCGACCUUGCUUUAUGCAACUCCGGAUGUUGAAACUGAGGUAACAACAUUCCAUCCUUGGAUAACUGCUGAUGAAAAUUCUUUAAGUACUGCAGGUGAUGGUGAAAAACAGAGUUGCUCUAUUCCAUGUGCUGCACCGACCAUAGAACAAGGGAAAUUAGCUUGCAGUGAAGAGUCAAGUCUUAAUGACUCCAGAGAAAUUCUUGACUCGAGGGCACAAACUGUCGAAAUUGAUGAUCAUCAACCGAAUGAAGAACUUGAAUCACAUUUAGUUGAUUCCAUCCGAUCCAUUGAUAAUCACCAUCAAAAUGAUGACUUGGUGCAAAUUAAUGAUGGCCAUGAAAAUGGAAAUUUGGUGCAAAAUCUGCCAAUGGACAGUGGAGUGAAUGCAAACACUACAAAUGAAGAAAAUCACUCUCCUACAUCAGUUGAGAUGGUUAACCCAUUAUCAGUCCAGGCAGCAAACACACGGCAACACCAAAUGGUCACCCGAUCACAAAAAGGAGAUAACUCUGAAUUUCUUGAGCUGUUUAUCUCUCAGCUUGGUCAAGAAUUUGCUAUUAAAGAUCUUGGUCGUCUCAAUUUCUUUCUUGGCAUAGAAGUUCAUUUCACAAGCCUUGGUUUGAUUCUAUCUCAAUCCAAAUAUGCACUAGACAUUCUAUCCAGAGCUCAAAUGGAGGGUUGCAACUCAAUCUCCACUCCUAUGGCGCUUAAAGCACGUUCCUCACAUUCUAGCAAUGAUGCAUUUCAUGAUCCAACUCAUUAUAGGAGUAUUUUCAUGAAUUCUCCUACAAUUGGAAAUUACCAAAUCGUCAAGCGGAUAUUAAGGUAUGUACAUGGGACUCUCAAUUAUGGCUUACAAAUUCUUAACCAAAGUUCCUUGGACUUGUAUGCCUUUUCAGAUGCUGAUUGGGCUAGGUGUUCUUUGACCCGCCGUUCCACCUCUGGUUAUUGUACCUUCCUGGGAAGCAACUGCAUUUCAUGGUGUGUAAAGAAACAACCUACAGUGGCUCAUUCGAGUGCCGAAGCAGAGUAUCGAUCUAUGGCUUCAACAACUGCUGGAAUCACUUGGCUUGCACACCUUCUUCGUGACAUUGGAGUGGCUCUUAACAACGCCCCUAUUCUUCAUUGUGACAACUUGAGUGCAAUCUAUAUGACAUUCAAUCCAGUCUUUCAUAGCCGCACCGAACACGUUGAAAUUGAUUAUCAUUUUGUUAGAGAGAAAGUUGCUCUUGGUCACCUUAUUACUUGGUUUGUUAGUUCUACCUCACAGUUAGCUGACAUCUUUACAAAGCCAUUGACUCGAGACAGCUUUCAUCGACUCCGCAGCAAAUUGGGUCUUGUGUCUCUACCACUGCCCAAUUUGAGGGGGAGUAAUAAAGUCUCAACUUGUGAGGAUCAUUUUGUAGAACCUGCAGAAGGAAACAAAUCAAAUGGCAUUGUAGAACCUGCAGAAGGAAACAGAUCAAAUGGCAAUAAUGCUUUGGAGGAAAAUCAACAAUCAAAGAAAUUGUAAAAUGCAACCGUUGGAGAUAUAGCCGUUGCAAAUAUAUAUUGUAAUCAUACCUUAAAUCAUGCUAUUUUCUGUAUAAUGCAACUAUAAAUAGACGAAACUCUC